AUGAAAGCAAUGAGAAAAGAGGAUUCAAAGGCUAUACUAAACAAAAUUUCUAUAUACUUUCUCUGUCCAGGUUGCGAUUCCUUGCCGAGUUGGCCCAUCACUCUUCCUUGUGGAGGAACUGUUUGUAGAGAUUGUUUUCGCGGAUUUUAUACGUAUAGCGGCGUGAACGAUGAUAGCACACUUGUUCCUUCUAAAUCCUGUAUCUAUAAGCAUGUACGGCCUCAUUAUUCUGUCGAAACGGAGACAAAAGAUGUUACGUUGGCAAAAGUAAUUGAUUGGAUUCAGUCUACCCAGGAGAAACUUGAACAAAUUCAAACAUCUUCGUUGAAUAAUUCAAUGUGCUCGGAGAAUAGAAGAGAGGCAGUGGAUUUUUAUGCGUCCAAGAAUUUCUCUUCGAAAACUGUAACAUCUGGGAUAAGUAUGGAAAAAGAAGCUAUACAAGACCUUCCAACGAAUCGUUCGGAUCUUAGUUUACCAGAUAUUCGAAAAAGUGGUACAAAGUUGAACAUACAGGAGGCUUUGGCAAAAGAAUUGGAAUGCCAAAUUUGUUUUGGUUUGCUGUACGAUCCAGUCGUGACCCCAUGCGGACAUACAUUUUGUGGACCCUGUUUAAUCCAAGCACAGACUCAGUCUCCUCAAUGCCCUACCUGUCGUUCUUUACUUCCUUCUCCUGUAGUUUUAGAGCAUGCGAAAUGCCGUUGUAUACGUGCUUUUCUUCAAGAUUACUACCCCAUUCAUUGGUUAGAACGGCAAAAUAGUUGGGAAGAAGAGAAGGAGCAAGAAAGUUGGCUUCCUUUGUUUAUUUGUAUGGUAGCCUAUCCACGUAUGCCUACGUUCCUUCAUAUUUUUGAGCUUCGAUAUCACAUCAUGAUAAAGAAAUGUUUAGAGUCAUCAAAACGAUUUUGUAUGGCAAUGCCUUUACGUCCUCAUAAUGAUGGGCGCAACGAACAUCGUGAGUUAAGGAACGCUCGAGGCCAGCGGCUCUUUUGUUCAGAAUAUGGAACUAUUCUUGAAAUUAUACAGGUGGAACCUUUAAUUGAUGGCCGGAAUUUGGUAGAGGCUCGUGGCUCGUAUUCUGUACGGAUUAUUGAUUUCCGAGCUGAUGGACUAUUUCCUAGAGUAAAAAUUGAGAAGCAUUUUGAUACACCUCUCCGAGCUACCCCUUUACAAUUUCCGGAACCAGAGUAUUUAUUAAUGUAUGGACACCUAAGUAAUGAAGAGCUUGUCAACAGGGUUGAUGAUUUUUACAUGGAUGCGAGACGGACUUAUGUGCACUGGGUAGUUCCUUUGAUAGAUAUAAAAGCUGAAGCAAACAGUUCUAUUUCCGAUCUUUCCUACAAAAUUACCAAUCUUCUUCCUAUUUCUGAAUUGGAAAAGACAAGAAUCCUUCAGGUUGACAACCCAACUGAUCGACUGGUUCUUGUGUUGAUAUGGCUAACACAGCUUCAAAAUAGUUGGUGGUAUCGAAUUGGAAGUGCUUGUACAAUUGCUUAG